AUGGCUGUUGAUAUGCAGCAGAGUGAAUCUUCAUCGUCGGAAGCGAUUCUCGAAAACGUAUGGGCGAAUUUCAUUUCGAAAACCAAUACGCAUAACGACGAAGAAUCGAAUAUGUUCGAAUCAUCACCAAAAUCAUGGGAAAAGUUGCCUAGCUUCGAUAGAGAAGAGUCAAUCGAGACAAUAAUCUUAGAGAGGCUGCCAAGUUUAGGCAGAUGGAUAUCGAUGGGAGCCGAGGCGUGGGAACAGCAUCUCGACGGAAUAUUCCUUCCUACAACCACCACCAAGGACAACAACAUUAAAACAACAGAAAUCACGGCCGAUAUUCAUUGUACUAGAAAACCUGGUAAAGUAGCAGCCGUUGCCAAACACUACAGGGGAGUGAGAAGAAGGCCGUGGGGAAAAUACGCGGCGGAAAUACGAGAUUCUAGAAGAAAAUUCGGGGCCAGAGUUUGGCUUGGGACUUUCGAAACAGCCGAAGAAGCUGCCAUGGCGUACGACGAGGCUGCUCUGAGAAUUAGAGGCCCUAACACAUAUUUAAAUUUCCCUCUCGAAAAAUAUUCGGAUGCGGCGCAAUAA